CCCGACUUGGUGCAUCCCCAUGCUGGGAUUUUUGGUGGAAGCCGACGGUCCUGCAGGCUAGACGACCGAAGUCUAGAAGUUGUGCGCUUGGGCUGUGGGAUAAACGAGUGUCUGGAAUUCUGCAUCGCACUGGGCAGCGGCAGGAAGUCUCCCUGUAGUGUCGAGAGAGAGCCUUGCCCUUAAUUUCCGCCUUAUCAUUUGGCACCCGAGGUCCCCCAGAAAGUGCUGAGGGGCUGGGGACUGGAGCCCAGUUCCCGCGCAGCGUGCACACGCACUGAGGGGGCAGCCCUCAGCUUUUCUGGGAGGUAUUUAGUGAAAGUCAGUGCUUUCUUACAGAUGCUUUAACUGUUUUACUGUCCUUGAACCCGGACCAGCCUCCUGACCUUCACCUCUGCCCAAUGGGGAAAAUGAUGUUGUCCACGGUGGAUGUGCGUGGCCUUGGCCUGCUGCAGUCGCUGGGCACUCACAGCCGUGGGUGGUGUGACUAGGGCUUGUUCCCUCAGAGCCAGGAGGGGGGUGUUCUUGGGCAAGGUUGGGUCUGGCCAGUGAUGUGGGUAAAAGGGCAGUCUGUUUGCAGCCUGAGAAACGUGCUCAGUGUCCAGCCGGUUAGUAUCACCAUGAGAUCUGCAUUCCCAGCUCCCCAGCCCAAUCCCACGAGUCAGUGACCUGAAGCAGGCCGAAGGCUGCAAUGGGUGUGAGGUGGUGCUGAGAGCACUGGGGCAUGGCCACAGGCCUGCAGGUCCUGCCCCGCUUGGUUCGAGCCCCCUGGCGUGCACUCUUCUGGGGGCAACUCGUGGCCCGGCCAGCUAGCGGCAUGGCCUUGGCAGGGCAGGCGCAGCAGGUUUUUGAGAGUGCGGUGGGCGCGGUGCUGCCAGGCCCCAUGUUGCGUCGGGUUCUAUCCUUGGACCCUGACGGCAGACAGCUGAAGGUGAGGGACCGGAGCUUUCAGCUGCACCAGAACCUCUACCUAGUGGGCUUCGGCAAGGCUGUGCUGGGCAUGGCGGCUGCUGCUGAAGAGCUCCUGGGCCAGCAUAUCGUGCAGGGUGUGAUCAGCGUUCCCAAGGGGAUCCGCACUGCCAUGGAGCAAGCCGGCAGACAGGAGAUGUUGCUGAAGCCUCACAGCCGCAUCCAGGUAUUCGAAGGCGCGGAGCACAACCUCCCGGACCGUGACGCCCUGCGGGCUGCCCUGGCCAUCCGGCAGCUGGCCGAGGGGCUCACAGCCGACCAUCUGCUGCUGGUGCUCAUCUCAGGUGGGGGCUCAGCCCUGUUGCCGGCCCCCAUCCCACCUGUCACCCUGGAUGAGAAGCAGAUGCUCACCAAACUGCUGGCAGCCCGUGGAGCAACCAUCCAGGAGCUAAACACCAUCCGGAAGGCCCUGUCACACCUCAAGGGUGGGGGGCUGGCUCGGGCCGCCUACCCUGCUCAGGUGAUAAGCCUGAUCCUGUCAGACGUGGUGGGUGACCCAAUGGAAGUGAUCGCCAGUGGCCCCACAGUGGCCAGCACUCACAGUGUACAAGAUUGCCUGCACAUCCUCAACCACUAUGGCCUCCGGGCUGCCCUGCCACGCUCUGUGAAGACGGUACUUGCCCAGGCCGACUCUGACCCCCAUGGGCCACAUACCUGUGGUCACGUCCUCAAUAUGAUCAUUGGCUCCAACGUGCUUGCGCUGGCAGAGGCGCAGCGGCAGGCAGAGGCCCUAGGCUCCCAGGCCGUGGUGCUGAGUGCGGCCAUACAGGGUGAUGUGAAAAGCAUAGCCCAGUUCUAUGUAUUGCUGGCCCGGGCAGCUGGUGCUCGCCUUGUCCCUUCCACAGCUGGGUGUUCAACGGAGGAGGAUGUGAAACUCCACGAACUGGCGGCCGAACUCCAGCUCUCAGAUCUGUACAUGGAGGAGGCCCUGGAGGCUCUGGCCGGAGCCGGGGGUCCCGUCUGCCUGCUGGCCGGUGGCGAGCCCACAGUGCAGCUACAGGGCUCAGGCAAGGGGGGUCGGAACCAGGAGUUGGCCCUGCGCGUUGGAGCAGAACUGGGAAGAUGGCCUCUGGGGUCCCUGGAUGUGCUAUUUCUGAGUGGUGGCACCGAUGGGCAGGAUGGGCCCACUGAGGCUGCUGGGGCCUGGGUCACAGCGGACCUUGCCAGGGAGGCUGCUGCUGAGGGCCUGGACGUGGCCACCUUCCUAGACCACAAUGACUCCCACAGCUUCUUCUGUCACUUUCGGGGUGGGACGCACCUGCUACACACAGGGAUGACAGGUACCAAUGUCAUGGACAUCCACCUGCUGUUCCUGCGGCCUCACUGAUGGCACAGGUCACAUAUUCGUUAGGAAUCAGGAGGCCUGGAGGGCAGUGGCAGACCAGAGCUGGUCCCCAGGCCUCACUAUACCUCAUAGCCUGUCACCUUGGUGCUAGCUGCUUGGCUGGGACUCACACCAGCCAUCCAGGACCUCUGCUCUGCAUCCAUUACCUAACCUUCCCCCCUUUCCAGCCUGGAAGAUGGGGGCUCCCCCUACCGCUA